AUGAGGGCGGAGGCAGAGGGGACGCCGCUGGCACCCGGAGACUUUGUGCGGCUGUCCGUGCCCAUCAUCCAGCAGCUCUACCCCUGGGACUGCGGCCUGGCCUGCUCCAAGAUGGUGCUGCGGUGCCUGGGCCAGCUGGGCGACAGUGAGUUCGAGAGCGCCCUGCAGGAGCCGCGACUAACCGGGGGCAUCUGGACUACUGACCUGGCCUACCUAAUGCGCCACUGUGGCGUGAGGCACCGUUUCGGCACGCAGACCCUGGGCGUUGACAAGGGCUACAAGAACCAGUCCUUCUACAGGAAGCACUUUGACACAGAGGAGACCCGGGUGAACCAGGUGUUUGCACAAGCCAAGGCCUGCAAGGUGUCUGUGGAAAAAUGCACAGUGAGCGUGCAGGAUAUCCAGGAGCACCUGGCACAGGGUCACGUGGCCAUCGUGCUGGUGAACUCUGGGGUGUUGCACUGCGACCUCGGCUCCGGUCCUGUUGCGUACCGCUGCUUCGCCCCCAGCGGCCGCCGCUGCUUCUGCCGGACCCCUGACCACCAGGGCCGCUUCGCUGUGCUGCCUGGCUGCAACCGGGCCACUGGCUGCAUCUUCUACAACAACCCAGCCUGUGCUGACCAAAUGUGCGGCACCAGCAUCAGUAACUUUGAGGAAGCCACUUAUGGCACAUAA